UUCCACCGGCACCAGACGGAGAUGAUCAUCACCAAGCAGGGCCGGCGGAUGUUUCCGUUCCUGAGCUUUAAUAUCACCGGCCUCAACCCCACCGCCCACUACAACGUCUUCGUGGAGGUGGUGCUGGCGGACCCCAACCACUGGCGCUUCCAAGGGGGAAAAUGGGUGACGUGCGGCAAAGCCGACAACAACAUGCAGGGCAACAAGGUGUACGUGCACCCCGAGUCGCCCAACACCGGAGCGCACUGGAUGCGGCAGGAGAUCUCUUUCGGCAAGUUGAAGCUGACCAACAACAAGGGAGCCAACAACAACAACGCGCAGAUGAUAGUCCUGCAGUCUCUACACAAGUACCAGCCUCGGCUUCACAUAGUGGAAGUGACUGAAGAUGGUGUUGAGGAUCUGAAUGAUUCUUCAAAGACUCAAACGUUUAUUUUCCCCGAAACGCAGUUCAUAGCAGUUACAGCCUAUCAAAACACCGAUAUUACUCAGCUCAAAAUUGAUCAUAAUCCUUUUGCAAAGGGCUUCAGAGACAACUAUGACUCCAUGUACACAGCUUCAGAAAAUGACAGAUUAACUCCAUCUCCCACGGAUUCUCCUAGAUCCCACCAGAUUGUCCCUGGUGCCCGAUACAGCGUGCAGCCAUUCUUCCAAGAACAGUUUGUCAACAACCUGCCCCCCACCAGAUUUUACAACGGCGAAAGAACCGUCCCGCAGACCAACGGCUUGCUGUCCCCGCAGCAGAGCGAAGAGGUGGCCAGCUCUCCCCAGCGGUGGUUUGUUACUCCCAUGCAGCAGCCCAGCGCCAACAAACUGGACAUGAACUCCUACGAGACGGAGUAUUCUCCUAGCACCUUGCUCCCCUACGGCAUUAAAUCACUCCCGCUUCAGACAUCCCAUGCCUUGGGGUAUUACCCUGACCCAACGUUUCCAUCCAUGGCAGGCUGGGGGAGUAGGGGCUCCUACCAGAGAAAAAUGACCACGGGAUUACCGUGGAGCUCCCGGACAAGCCCUCCGGGCUUCUCGGAAGACCAGCUUUCCAAGGAGAAGGUGAAAGAAGAAAUUGGCUCAUCCUGGAUAGAGACUCCACCCUCCAUCAAGUCUCUAGAUUCCAACGAUUCUGGGGUCUACACAGGUGCUUGUAAGAGAAGGCGGCUCUCCCCUAGCACUUCCAGCAAUGAAAAUUCCCCAUCCAUGAAAUGUGAGGACAUUAAUGCUGAGGACUAUAGCAAAGACACUUCAAAAGGCAUGGGCUACUACGCAUUCUAUACUAGUUCUUAAAGCAUCCUUUUGUUCCAAUUGGCUAUUUUUUCAGGGUGGCCUUUGUUUUCUCUUGCAUUAUGAUUGCCAAAAAGACUCUUGCCUUCCACCUUAAAUUGUCAUGUGCAAUUCUAAAGAAGGUGCCAAAGCUUUUUGACUGUUGCAGGUUAUUAAGUAGGAAAAGUAAAUCACGAUAUGAUUUUUCUGUUAGAAGAAACAGCGUGUGGAAAAGCUGUAAGCAGGAGCCUAGAUUUCUACAAGGUGGUUUAUUUAUUGGAGAUACUGAAGCGUACAGUUUGGCUUGGCUCAGAGGCCAAGGAUCAAAUCCAUACACUGAGUGAGGAAAUAGCAGUUGGAUUCCAAAUUUCACUUUCUUCCCUGCCUUGCCCCUCUGAUAAAGGGCACAGGGGUGGGGGGCUGCACAUGCUGUUUUAAACAGAACUGUUUUCUUCCAUUCUUGUUUGCAGAUUAGUUGGCUGACUUGGGCGUUGCUCAGCUAAGGCUUUCUUUAGCAGAAGGUGGUUAAAAUAAGGCCUGCUCAAGGCAGGAAUUUAACUUGAAGGUCUUGCUGCUGGCAAUGCUUUUACAAUGGCCAAAUCUGACUUUUAAGGAAAACAUGCCUCCAUCCCAAAAGCCUAACCCUUACUGAGGUGGCAAAAAAUUCCAAGUGUACAGUUGUGUUUUGUCUAGGUACACUGUAGAAUAUUGUGGAAUAAUAUAUAAAUAGUUGACCUAUAGCUGUUCAGUCAGAAGGACCUCCAGUGGUGCUUUGAAGUUCAAAAUGCAUUUUUUUUUUGGUUAAUCGAACUUAGCAUAUGGAGCAUUGCAAAGAGCAUUAGCAGAUUUCUAUUUGCGUGUAUGUAAAGUGACUUUCAGCUGCCCUGUAUCAAACUGGAAGUGAUGUAAUCUGCCCACUCUUCUUGCCUAUAGUUUCAGCCAUUUUAAACGGAUCAACCCCAGAGCACUGGCACACAAAAUUCUCCUGGUGAAACUUGGUUCCGCUUUUAUAUGUACAUAGUAGUAAUUUUUAAUAAACGUGGUGGUGCCAGGGAUAA